AUGCCUGGUCUUCUCAUCUCUCCAUCCUACCUUCAGUCGAGGAAAGCUAAGGAAUUGCAGGGCCCAUUGACACCGCUGCUACAUGCAGCAACAGCAAGACUGUCUGGUUGGGAGCUAAGCCCGCCAAGGCUCUAUAUCGAAGAGAACGAUAUCAAUAUGGGACAAUUACUGGCGCUCAAUACUCUUCACGCACUCGCGACCGACCAUCCAACCAAUACCACUUGGUCAAACGAGGAUAUGGAAGCAUAUAUUCAGCUGAGGUCGAGGUGGUCCGAAAUACAGGACGGAAGAAGAGAUACAAAGCCCAGCUCUUGUCGCUGGCAAGACUGA